AUGCUAAAUGUGCGCAGCGUCCUGGUGACAGGAUCCAACCGAGGAAUUGGCUUGGAGCUGGUCCGGCAACUGGCAGGGAAAAGCAAGGGGCCAGAAUGGGUCUUUGCCACCUGCCGGGACCCAGAGGGACCACGUGCUCAGGACUUGAAGAGCUUGGCUGCCAAAUAUCAGUGUGUCAAAAUCCUCCCAAUGGAUAUUAAUGAUCUGUCCAGCAUCAAGACAGCUGCUGCCAAAGUUACUGAACUCCUGCAAGGAGCCGGGCUGAAUCUCCUGAUCAACAAUGCUGGGACCGUAAAGGGAAGCACUCUCGAAUCGGAGACGGCAGAGGACAUGGCCGAAGUGUACAAAACCAAUGUGAUAGGGCCCAUGCUGGUGAGCCAGGCUUUCCUGCCCUUGCUGAGGAAGGCGUCUCAGGAAAGCCCCCAGAAAGGCCUGAGCUGCAGCAAAGCCGCCAUUGUCAACGUGUCCAGUGAAGGAGGCUCCAUCGCUAAUGUCGACGGGUGGAUUCGUGGGCAGAUAACUAAUUACCGCUGCAGUAAGGCCGCUCUGAACAUGCUCAGCCGGUGCCAGGGCCUGGGAUUUGCAGAAGAUGGGAUCCUGUGCAUCGCAUUGCACCCUGGAUGGGUGCAGACGGACUUGGGGAACGUAACGGCCGCUCUGAACAUGCUCAGCCGGUGCCAGGGCCUGGGAUUUGCAGAAGAUGGGAUCCUGUGCAUCGCAUUACACCCUGGAUGGGUGCAGACGGACUUGGGGAACGUAACG